AUGGCCGAAGCUCCUUCAGCGAUCAGAAGAUGGCUUCGCUGGAAGUUGCGGUCUCAGGAGAUAGGUGCUGUGACUCCGGACCCUGCACUCCUUCUCAAGGGUCUGAACAAACUUACCCGCAAGGUGCUGGAGUCCAACAAAGAACUUCAAUUUCGGGUUAGCUUGGCCCGAAAUUCCCUUGGAGUGGACACAAGACCUACCGACAUCACCGUCAACCAGUUUGCAACACAUCUCUUGGCGGAGGUUGAGCAGGUUUCCUUAGCAGAAAAAAGAGCUGCUUCCGUGGGGACGAAGGGCGAUGUGAAGCUCAAGGCCAUGGAGGUGGACAAAGGGAAAGGCAAAGGUAAAGACAGGCUGGAGGGUGACGAGAAGCAGAAGCCCAAAUGCAAGUUUUACCUCACUGAUGGAGGAUGUCGGAAAGGAAAAGAAUGUGGAUUUAGCCAUGAUGUGAGAGAUGAGAAGAGGCGCUGCUACACAUGCGGCAGCGUGGAUCACUUGUCUCCUUCCUGCACCAGAUCGAGGGGCCCAUCAUCUGAGACGAGCCCUACCAAACCCAGAGUGGCAAAGGUCGAGGGGGAGGACAAGGGAUCGUCAGGAAAGGAUCCUGAAGUUAGCAGCCAAGCUAGCUCAGACAGUGCAGUGAAAGAUCUUUUGGAGGAGGCGAACAAGAUGCUGAGGUGUUUGUCGUCAAAACCAUCUUCAAGCCAAGCGUCUUCUGGGGGAAGCACUCAGGAGGAUGAACGCAAAGAUGUGAUGGAAAGGCUUCAGCAACAGUUGAAGGCCAUGAAAGCUUUCAAGAUGAGGAGAUUGGCCACAGGAGCUGAUGUGGGAUUGGUUGAUUCAGGGGCGACUCAUGCACUUCGCCCUCGCAGAGAUGGUGAGAAUGUCCAGAAGUAUCCACUGGUUGAUGUUGGCCUAGCGGAUGGAAGAGCUGUGAGGCUACGCAUGGCGCCUGGAGGAUCAAUGAUUGCCCCUUCGCCGGCAAUUGAGCCGAUUGUGCCGAUGGGACAGCUGACGGAGGUGCUGGGGUGCCAGAUUGUUUGGAGUCAUGGAGAAAUGCAGUUGAGGCAUCCAGAAAAAGGGGACAUCCCAAUUCAGAUGAAGGAGGGAUGCCCACAUCUUGCGAAGUCUACAGCAUUGGAUUUGAUUGCGGAGAUUGAAGAUGCGAAGGUUGGUAUACCAAAGACCCUUGGUGAAUACGAUGAGGAGGUGUGCUGGAUGAAAAGAUUGGUGGAACAACAUCCAGUACUGUCGUCUCUCCCAGAGUACAUCAAGGAGAAACUUGUGGUCUGUCCAGGAGAGUGGUCUGCCCUUCCUGAAAAUCGUCAUCAGCGGAAAAGGUGGCGACGGGAUGGGAUGAUGGUUCAUUUGUUUGCUGGACCUGAUUCUGGUUUUACUUUGAAGAAGGCACUACGUCAGCUGGGUGGACCUGAUGACAAGCUGCUGGAGGUGGAUUUGAAGAGAGGUCCACACCACGAUGUUAUGACAGAUGAGGGUGUCUAUGCUGGCCUGAUUCGAGCCGCGAUUGAGUCCAAGGUUUUGGCCGUGGUGGCUGGUCCAAAUUGCAGGACACGCAGCCUACUUCGUCAUGUUCCAAUUCCGGGGCAGCCCAACGCACCUCGCCCAAUCAGGAGAUGGGGUGGAGAAGAGUUUGGGGUGAAAGAGGCCACGGAGGAGGAGAUUCAGAAGUUGCAUGAGGAUGAUAUCAUGAUGUGGCAAUGCAUUUUUCUUUUCAUGCUGUCAACUUACAUGAGAAGGGCGAGAAAGUUGGAUGAUUGGGUGGCGUUUGGACUUGAACAACCAGCGUCGCCAAGGGACUAUAUGCCAGAGGUUGUCAGUUUCUGGGACACCCAGGAGUGGAAGGCGAUUGCGAGCGAGUUUGCCUUGGAAGAGAUCACUUUCAAGCAGAGCGCUAUGGGAGGAGCUUCUCCGAAACCUACAACGUUUGGUGGAAACUUGGAGCUGAACGUGGAUGUCUUCCAAAGAAGGAGUUUUGGGAGCCCUGUCAAGGUCUCGAGCUCAACUGAUUUGUCAAGGUGGGCUCCGGGAGUGAUGUCUAUGGUGUCUUCAGCGCUGAUUCAACAGGUAUGUCAGUCUGGCAUGAAACUGAAGUCCUUGACAUGGGAGGAACAUUUGGAGUUCAGACACGCUCCUUACCGACGGGUGCUGUCAAUAGACACUGCUGGUCCACUGAAGCCAGCCUAUGACUCCGGUGGAGCUAUGGCACGGUAUUUCCUUGCAAGUGCUUUGACAUGGAGGGUGCCUAGAGGAACAGACAAGCUGAAGGAUCCACCAGAAGAGGAUCUCCCAGAUGACGCUCCAAUGAUUGAAGCAGAAGGAGAAGAUGGUGAAGAAGCCACUGAAUUGCGAGUCUUUCGCAUGGCCUUGCCGAUGAAAUCAAAGAAGGCAAGAGAAGUUGUGGCCACGGUGAUGGAGUUUGUCUUGCGUUUGAGGUCAGAGGGGUAUCACGUUGGGAGGAUCCACUCAGACCAGGGCCACGAGUUUGCGGGUGAGUUCAGGAGGUGGGCAUUGCAGCGUGGAAUCUACCUGCCGAGAACGGCAGGUGAUGAUCCUCGUGGAAAUGGAAGAGCGGAGGUUGCUGUGAAGGCCUUCAAGAAUUACAUUAGACGGACGCUGAGACAGGCGUCGGUGGAUGCGAAAUGGUGGCCCUGGGCACUACGAUACUCCAAUGAGGUUCAAAGGUGCAUUCGAAUGGGAACGAAGCCGGAUUGGCCUAGAUUCCUUCAAGAAGUGAGGGUGAGGAAAAGAACAUGGAAGAAGGACGAUUUGUCGUCACGUGUGGAGACAGUGCAGUAUCUCUGCCCUUCCAUUGAAAAUCAUGGCCAUUGGAUCUACAAGUCUGGUGAAGCUCCAAGGCUGACGAGGUACAUCCUGGCGCCAACGACAGAGCCUGAGGAUGACACGGUUUGGGUUGCAGUUGAACGUGAGGGCCGAGAUGCUCAGGAGCAGAGGAGGAGGAUCAGAGGCGCAGACGCGACCACUUUGCGUCUUUUGGUUUGGACGUCAACAAGGAUGGGUUGGUGUGGAUGCGUGCUUGAUGUGCGCACAGCGUUUUUGAAUGCUGAAAUGGAGCAGUCGCCUGAGGAGGAUUUGCUGCUGGUUCAGGCUCCACAUGUUUUGAGAGAGGCCAAGUUUUUCAAAGGAGAGGCACUUUUUCUGCCGUUGAGGGCGGUUUACGGGUUCCGAAGAUCUCCAAGAUUGUGGGGACUACACCGUGACCGAACCAUGAGAGACAUGAAGAUUUCGGUUGUGUUGGAUGGCAGAAAAGAGAUGCUGGUCUUGAAACAGUUGGAGUCGGAGCAGAAUCUUUGGAAGGUGGUUGUUUUGAGAAAUGGCUUUCAAGAAGAUUUG